AUGUUUGUAUGGGAGGGAGCUGUUCCGCGGGAGCUGCCUCAGCCGAUCCAGUGGCUGCUGUAUAGCCUGCCGGGUGCUCGCUCCCUGCAGCCCGAUGAGCAAGAGGCGAGCGCGUCAAGCACCGCCUGCAGCGGCCAUACCCAUGGCCGUGGCCAUAUCCAUGGCGCACGGCGGUUGAAGCGGGCGCUGAGGAGCGCGCAGGUGGAUGGGGCGGCGUACUGGCGGGCCCACGUGCUGGGCACCGCUGGCGCCCUUGUUCAG